CAUUGUCGAUUCGUUGUGUCGCGCGACUAUUACGUCACAUGUUGAGCGCGCGCAGCUGAGCAGAGAGAAAAAGUUGAGCGCGCCGCGCAGCUGAGCAGAAAGAAAAAGUUGAGCAGAGCUGACGAGAAAGAAAAUAAAAGAACAGAGCGGAGUUAACGUUACACGAAAGACCAUCAGAGAGACCCUUAACAGUGUUCUGAAACAUGGCGGAGGCAGAGAAAUCAGUACGACCUAAAUCAUCCAAGGUGUGGGAAUAUUUCACACUAAAUAAAUCAAAAAAGUGUGUUAAUUGCAAGAUAUGCAAAAGCGACAUGGCCUGGCACGGGAGCACCACGGUGAUGAUGGAGCACCUAAAACGAAAACAUGUUGGAGUUCUUGAUGAGGGAGUUCAACAGCAGGAAAAAAACAGCAAACCAUGAGGGCUUCUUGAUGGGAAAUGCUUCAUGUACACCACAGCAAGCUGCUGUCUUGACAGAUAGUAUCUUCAACACGCUUGUCACUGACAUGAGGCCGCUGUCGAUGGUUGAAGAUGAGGGCUUCACUAAAAUGAUCCACACCUUGAACCCUGGUUACACUCUGCCCUCCAGGACCCACUUUACAAAGCUCAUGGAGAGAAAAUAUGAAGAAACAUUCAAGAAAGCGAAGACUGCAAUAAACACCAACAACAGCAAACUUGCUCUCACCACUGAUGUUUGGACAAGUGUAGCAACUGAAGCCUACCUUGGUGUCACAUGCCACUACAUCACAGAUGACUGGGACAUGCAGUCAAUCUCCCUCACCACCAUGCCACUGCAGGACAGACAUACUGCAUCUAACAUUGCAGAGUGGUUGGAGCAGGUAGUAGACAGAUUUGAAAUUCCUCCAAGCAAAAUCAUUGCCAUAGUCCAUGACAAUGGUGCUAACAUUGUUGCUGCGGCAAAUAUCCUGGAGGAGAAGCAUGGGUGGUCCUCUGUCCGUUGCACUGGCCAUACUUUGCAACUUGUGAUCAACGCUGCGUUGAAGAAUCCAAGCAUUGAAAAAGCUGUUGGGGCUGCAAGAUGUCUGGUAGAACAUUUUAAGAAAGGUGAGCUAGCCUGCAGUAAGCUCAGAGAGAAACAACAACAAAUGAACACACCUGAGCACAGCCUUGUCCAAGACGUAAGCACCAGGUGGAAUAGCACAUUCUACAUGAUAAGCCGACUGCUUGAGCAAAGGUGGCCUGUAACAGCAACACUGUCUGACAGCUCUGUCACACAGAGAGGCAAAAGGUACCUAGAUCUGAAACCAGACCAGUGGAGUCUGCUGGAAGAGCUUUCAACAGUCCUCAAGGCUUUUGAAUGUGCCACUGUGUUCAUGAGUGGACAGAAAUAUGCAACAAUAUCUACAAUACCUCCACUUGUGAAGGGGCUGUUGAAGUCCACCCAGAGUGCUGUCUACGAGUCAGCCCCGCUGCGGGCUUUUCAACUCACUGCUGUGCAGCAGUUGCAGGAGAGAUGGAAAAGGGAGACUACUUUCUCAGAUAGCGCACCAAACACAGUGAUUCUUGCGAUGGUCCUUGUUCAGUUUCCUAAACCUUGGGUCAAGUUUCUUUCACCUGAUGAAGUCCUACGUGUUCAAACUAAAGUGCAAACAAUGGUACUUGAAGAGAGAAGGAAGAUGGAUGUGCAGCAGCAUGGCAGUUGCAGUGUUACCUCCACCGAUACUACAGCUACUGAAUCAACGCCUCAAGCCACUCUACUUGACUCACUCCUUGGUUCUGAUGGUGAAGAAGAUGAUAGAGCAGGCCAAGCUGAGGAUGUCCACACUCAAGUGAGGAAAGAAGUUCUUACAUACCUUGAAGAAAAAAGCCUUGCCAAGGAAGAAAACCCAUUACUGUGGUGGAAGGCUAACAAUGAAAGAUAUCCCAUGUUGGCCAGGCUAGCCAAGUCUUUUCUAUGCAUCCCUGCCACCUCAACACCAUCUGAACGGCUGUUUUCUGCAGCAGGAAACAUAGCCUCCAAGAAAAGAGCCAGCCUGAGCCAGGAGCAUGUGGACAUGCUAACAUUUUUGCAUUGCAAUGCAAAAUGUCUGAACAAAGAGAGUUGUGGAGUGAAGAAGGUGAAUUUGAUGAACAUGAAAGCUAGUCAGUAUGUUCCAAUCCACAGCAAACAAAUAAGAGGUAUGUCCUUUAGCAGAGAGAACAACAGCCUACUGCUAUCUGCUGCGCUGGACAACACCAUUAAACUGACCAGUUUGCUUACCAACACAGUGGUUCAGACCUAUAAAACGGACAAACCAGUAUGGAGUUGCUGCUGGUCUUUGGAUAAUAGUAACUAUGUCUACGCUGGUCUAAGCAAUGGCUCUGUGCUUGUUUAUGACACCAGAGAUACCAGCAAGCACAUUCAUGGGUUGGAACCUCUUCGCUCCAGGUGCCCAGUAGCAUCUUUGUGCUAUGUCCCGCGGAUGGCAUCUAGUUCUUUCCCAUGUGGUGGACUAAUUGCUGGCUCACUAGAGGGUGCUUGUUUCUGGGAGCAGAUGAAUGAGACCACCUACAGACCUCAUAUUCUGCCUCUAGAAAGUGGUGGCUGCACAGACAUUCAUGUGGAGACUGAGAGCCGACACUGUCUGGUCACAUACCGGCCCGGACGCUCCCAUCAGAAUCUACGAUGUGUCCUGAUGGCACUGACUCGUGCCCCCCAGCAGGAUUCGAGUCAGCUACCCGGCUGCUCCUGCUCCCCUGUGCAGACAUUCUGUGCUGGCUCAUCCUGCAAAUUGCUCACUAAAAACACGGUCUUCAGGAAUCCAGAUGGACGUGGGUUGCUGGUCUGCGCUGGGGAUGAGGCCUCCAACUCCACCAUGGUGUGGGAUGCAGGAAGUGGCUCUCUGCUUCAGAAGCUUCCAGCUGACCUCCCAGUGUUGGACAUCAGCCCCUUUUCUGUGAAUGGAGAAAACUUUCUGGCUUCUCUUACAGAGAAGAUGUUGAAACUUUACAAAUGGGAAUGAAGGAUGUUGUCUUGACUGUGUGAGAGUUGCAGACUACAAGUAAAGUGAUUAGUCUAGGUAGAAAUGUGGGACAUUACAGACCUCGCCAACUGACUGAGUUGAGUGAGCACACCUUUCCUAUUUUUUAUUUCAGUUAAAAUGGAAGAUUCAUGUUGUUUGGUUGUGUGAUAGGAUUGUUUAUAUGGCAGAAAUUUCAUAAUUUGUGUGAAUUUGAGAGCACAUAUCCUCCAGUGAGUCUCCUGCAGAGUUCUGGUUUAAUCUGCUGCAGGCACACUCGUGGAUUAUGUUUUUGUGUUCUGGGUCUUAUAAAUAGGAAAGUUUUGAGAAAAAGCUUUACCUCCAGUUCCACACAUAAUGCAGAUAAAUGAGACAGGCAAUAAACACAUCCCUGUUAAACACUAGACUAGAGAGAAACCAAUUCUGAGACCUAUCCCUCUUCACAGUUAACAUCAGGCUCUGCAACAUCUACCUUGCAGUUGAUCUAUCCAAGACAUCUCAAAAGCAUAAUGGGUAACCUUAUUCAGUCUGAAACUAAAGGCACCUAGUGCUUUGUAAGUAUUGUAUUUUAGAUAUUAGCUUCUCUGCAGUUGCCUUUUGCAUCUUUUCACCAAUAAUAAUUUUACAAAUAUUACAAAUUAUAAAUAUGUUGAGUUCAUUCUAAAAUAAGUGCUAGAAUUGGUAAGAGUCAACAAUAAUUCUUCAGGUCAAAUUUUUUGUUAUAUAGUUCAGUUUGUAUUCAAAGUAGCUGCCAAACCCCAUAUUGCCUUUCUAAAUCUAUCUACUGGUAGAAAUGUUAUAUUGUUUUAGUCUACUUCCAAGAACAAACCACAAACUUAUUUGAUUGUCUGCAUCACCACACUGUUCUUUAAUAUUGACACUGAUUAGACAUUUUUGUGCUCAAUGAUUUGAAAAAUGAAAGAACCAAAAAGAUUUUUUUUUUGCCCAAACUGCUACCUAAGCGGCACACUGGAAGAGGAAAAAAGAUCAACAAAGAGAAUAUCUACAUGCAGAUGAAGUCCACAUUCCUUAGGAAUUAUGAUCAUUGCUUGAUCUUUGUCAACUCAUUAAUAUUUAGCUAGACUAAAAUUCCUUGCAAAACUCAUUGCUUGCACAUUUCAAUCCAAUGUUUUUUAUAUCAAACAAAAGAGUGGCAAAGUAAUUCUGCUCUUAUAAAUCUAACUUCUAUUUUUAGGAAAGUUAUAAUUAUCUACAUUUCUUACCAGCUGUUUGUGUAUGACUUUGGAGUUAUUAAAAGAUUUUUUUUCUUAAAUGCUGGUUUUCAUAAUUGUCUGAUUUUAUGUGCUUUACAAAGUCUGCCACAGGGCCUAAGAUAUGCUAUUUCAAUGUCUUAUUCCUUUUCCCAUGUUUAAAAUUCAGAUGUCAAGGCACUUUUAAAGACAAAUUUCUGGUUUAUACACAGAAAUAAAUGAUUGAAUCCAUUAUACACAGGACGAUUGACAGACACGUUCUGAAUUGAUUAGUUACAUUACUCCCCUCUGGGCUUUUCCCUUUCAGGUAGACAUUGCUAGUCAUCUGUAUCCAUCUAAACCUAUAUUCUGCAUCAUGUCUGACACCAUCUUCAUAUUCUCUUUCACUACAUCAAUAAAAUCUUUCUUUGUUCCUCUGG